CGUAAACCGUAUUACAGUAUUCCGGGUUUUUGUUGUUGAAAUUGAAACGCGAUCAGGAUGUGGAUCUUUUCGUUCUCUUUAUUGUUGUUUUUCGUUGUUUUUUCCAGUCAUUUGCUAGUCCUAGCUCUUCAGAAUGUCACGGGGGACUUGUUCGGAUCUGAAUCAUACGGAACCAUCGCUGCUUUUGGGGAUUUUAAUUCAGACAAGCAAACGGACCUGUUCAUCAUCAGAGGUCAGACAGAACUCAUUAUUUUCCUGGCGGAUUUAAAGGCCCCUUACUUCAAGCCUAAGGUGAAGCUUUCAUUGAAGGAUGUCAUUAUCAGCAGUGUGGUUCCAGGAGACUACGAUGGAGAUUCACAGAUGGAUGUUCUUCUCACCACUAAGACAAAUAGUGUCAACCAAGAAACAUCAGUUGUAAUUUUCUGGGGAAAUAAUCAAAGUCUAGAUGAAAAUCAUAGGACCAAAUUAAACAAGACAUUUCAGGAUGAACCCUUAAUAAUGGAUUUUAAUGGUGAUAUGAUACCUGAUGUGUUUGGUGCCAUUAAAGACAGUGUCGAGCCGUACAUCUGCUAUCUGAAUGGAAGGAACCUGUCAUGGCAGAAAGCACUGGACACUGAUGCAAAAAUGCGUAUACCCCAUUCUCAUGCAUUUAUUGAUGUGAAUAAGGAUUUCACUGCAGAUGUAUUCCUUACUACUGAAAGCAAAUCUGGGGUUCUGCAGUUUCAGGCAUGGAUAAAUAAGGACGGGAACUUCUCUAAAGACACCACCUUGCUGAAGAUACCUGACAGUGUGAAGAAAACUGGACAAUCUGCAUUUUCUGAUUUUGAUGGAGAUGGCUUUCAGGACCACCUGCUCCCUGUCUGUUUGGAUGAUGGGUGCCAUAGAAGUGCCAUCUACCUCAACAAACCUGGAACAGAGGAGUGGAUUCCAAUCUUAACAGACUUCCAGAAAAAAGAUACACUGUGGAGCUUCGUCCCUCUUGAAGCAUCUGCCCUUCACAACCCAAUCACCCUGCACCUGGGUGACUACAACAUGGACGGCUUUCCAGAUGCACUGGCCAUCCUCCGGAACACAUCUGGGAGCAAUCAGCAAGCCUUUCUCCUGGAGAAUGUGCCAUGUGCCAGCAUCAGCUGUAGGGGUGCAGGUCGUAUGUUCAGAGUCUUCUGGGACCUCUCAGACCUCAAUCAGAUCACAGAUGCUGUGGUGGCAACCUUCUUUGACAUUUAUGAAGACGGAAUAUUGGAUAUGUUGGUGCUCAGUAAAGGUCCUCAAAAUGAACUUACCAUCCACGCUUUGAAAAACAACUUUGAGGCAGAUGCUUACUUUGUGAAGGUUAUUGUGCUCAGUGGACUCUGUUCCAAUGACUGCCCAAGGAAAGUCACACCCUUUGGAGUGAAUCAACCCGGACCUUAUGUCAUGUACACUUCGGUCGACUCCAACGGAUACCUCAAAAACGCAUCAGCUGGACAGCUAAGCCAGUCAGCACAUUUUGCCCUACAGCUGCCCUAUACUGUGCUUGGUUUGGGUCGCAGCGCUAACUUCUUGGAUCAUCUGUAUGUUGGGAUCCCACGUCCCCCGGGAGAGAAGGCUAUCCGAAAACAGGAGUGGACUGCAAUCAUCCCUAAUUCUCAGCUGAUCGUCAUUCCCUAUCCCCACAACAACCCACGCAGCUGGAGCGCCAAACUUUACCUGACCCCAAGUAACAUAGUGCUACUAACAGCCAUUGCACUAAUUGCCGUGUGUGUUUUCAUCCUGGCAAUAAUUGGCAUAUUGCACUGGCAGGAGAAGAAAGCGGAUGACAGGGAGAAACGCCAGGAAGCUCACAGAUUCCAUUUCGAUGCCAUGUGAAAACCCAGAGUCCUGUAACGGUUGUUUACCCGCUAUUGGAACAAGGGCCUUCUGUCACAUAUGGCAGUGGAAUGGAUGGUUAGGAACUGUGUAAUUGUAAAGAAUGUUUUGCUAUUUAUUAAGAUGAUUUGAGACCGCUGAACAGCUGCUUUCAGUAUUAUGUUUACUUCACAAUCAAAAGAAAAUGGGUUAGGAUUGAGUGUACAUCCAUUAAUUAUUACAAGAGUAAAGAGCUGCACUGUAUGUGGCUGAAAGAUCAGCUUCUAACACAUUUUCUGUUUAUCUUUAGUGCCAAAAAUAUUAUCUUGAUUAAAGAAAGAAUUGUUGUUUUAACUCUUUCAACACUGCAUAACUAUAUAUAUAUAUAUAUAUAUAUAUAUAUAUAUAUAUAUAUAUAUAUAUAUAUAUAUAUAUAUAUAGAUGAAGACUAGGAAAGCCAGCUCAAAACUAUGAACCGCUAUAGUAUAAGAAAGUAAACUCCUAUAUUCCCAGAAGGAAACACCAAAAACUAUUAACAUAGCUAUUAUGCAGUCAUUUAGUGCUGAAAGAGUUGAUUAAGAAAAAAGACAAAAGCUUUUAUUUUGAUUUGAAGUUUAUUGUAAUAAGCUAACUUUGAACAUGACUAAAAAUGUAAAAUACCCCUGGAGGAGACCUAGCAAGAUAAUGUGUUUGCACUGUAUUAAAUGUUCAUGUAUUACACUGAAAGCAGCAUGUGCAUACAGUAAAUGAUGUGUUUCAUUUAACAAUUAUUUCUAUGUUGUUCUUCCUACACUCCAAUUUUUGCAUUCUCUAACUGGCUACAAAUGUAUGUUCAGUGAAACUGAAUGAGAUGAAUGGGACUGUGAGUUGCACUGUUCCAUGGUACUUGCUGGAGCUGAACCCACUUGUAAAGUUAUACAAUCCUUUUCAUUGAUAUUCAUUCCUUAAGCUUUGUUUGCCAAGUUUUUUUUUUUGUUGUUUUGUUUUGUUUUUUUUUGUUUUAAAUGCACUUUUAUUAAAAAUUAGUAGAAAUGCCUUUAUGCAAUAAGUGCUGCUAUACUAAUACUACUGAACUGUUUAAUUCAAACUAUUCCUGAUGGUCAAGCUUAAUAAUGUAUUGUGGGUAUU